UGAGGCGAGAGGCGGCGGCACCGGCGGUCACCCAGGGGAGGGGGCGGCGGCGGCGGCGGCGGCGGCCGGGGAUAGCACGGGGCAGCUGCGGUGGUGCAGCCGCUCAGCGUCCUGUGUCCUCCCCUGCACCUGAAACAGCAGCAGGAGCGUCUGAACUCAGGGCUCCGCUUCUCGCAAGUUUAACAGCUAUAUGUUGCCAGUGGACCAAAAUAUGGACUGUGCCAUCCACUUCCCUGCCUAGUAACUCCCUUGAAAUUCUGCGCCUCUGUAAAGUUCUCCUCAGACAAUAUUAUUGUUGAAGAUUAGUCAGAUGCCUUCCAUCCCUUCCCUGCCUCACAUGCUAUGUCAUGCAAGCUUUGAAACACUUAGCACAUAAUUUAAAUGAAUGACUAAUUUGGCAAGCAUAAUGGAAGGCACGCAUACUAUCCUUCAAUUGCACAAACCCAUUAUGGAGCUUUGUUACGUCAGCUUCUAUCUUCCAGAGGGAAAAGUCAGAGGAUUUACUUACAAGGGCUGUGUAACUCUGAAUAGAACCAGUAGACGUUUCUGUAGCUGCUAUCAAGUAAGGGAAAGGUUAGAGAUGGAGCUGAGAGAACAGCCAUAUGAAAACUUUGGAGAUAUAAUUUUCAAGCAAGCUACCACGAAAGACGUUCUCAUUGAACUGUACAAACUAACUGCUGAAAAGGAAAAACUGUUAUCCAGUCUUUCGAGAUCACAUCAUAUUCUGGGCCUUAACACAGGACAUCAGGAGGGAAAGCAGCAGUGUGUUUCUGGAGUCCCGAAACUUAAAUGUGAUGAUUACUCCACUUCUACACAUCAGCAGGAGUUCUUUCAGGAUUUCACAAAUAGAGACAAUUUGAAUCACAAAAAAAUGAGGAAAUAUAGAAGGAAAGAGAGCUUUGAGGAGUUCAGACACUGGAAAGGGGGAAAAAAGAUACAUGAGCAACAUCUUUCUUUACUGAGUGCUCAAGGCAUGCAACUGGAAAAUAAGAAGAUGCUCCCCACAAGAUUUCCUACCAGGAGUUUUCCCAGUUCCUUUUCUGCCUCCAGUUGGCUAACAGUAAAAGGUAAGGAUGAUUUACCAGUAGACAAUAGUAUACGACCAGAAAAGUGGAUAGAAGAGGGUUAUUUUCUUGAGAGCAGCAAAGCUGUGAAACUGGAUGCUGACUUACCAAGUUCUAGCUCAAAAGAGAACAAUGACAAGGUUGCAGUUGAACUAGUGGAUAAUGGAGAAUCCAUUCCUGAAGUUACAAAGGUACAACAGAGUAUCACUUCGGUAAAGUCAUUUCAGGACAGUCUAUCUAACCAACUUGAGACAUUAAGUAAAUCCACAGCUGCUAAAAGCUUGAAAAGUAGCAAAUAUACUGAGCCGGUAUGCAAGGAGAAACCAGGAAUCGCAGUUGUUGCUGAAGUACAGGAUUCAGAAGCUUGUAUUAAAAAACUUGCCAAACCCCCUGCAGAGUCUUUACCUCAUUUUCACAGAGGUAGAGAAACCAUUUCUCCGGUUCUCACAACAGUACUUAACGAGUUUAUAUCAAGAACUGAUGUAUACUCCAUAGAUGAAGCUGCUGGAGACUCUAAAAACGCUGUGCUGCAGGAAAAGGAGGAAGACGGCUCUGGUUUGCAGUACAAAGCAGAGAGAGUGCAUAUUACUGAUGAGUCAUGCAACCUUGUGGGAGCAGUCAAUAAAGCUCUUCUGAAAGUUAUACGGAGUGACAGUUUAGAUGAAGCUGCAGAAUGGAAGAGACUGCAACAAAUUACAAGAGUAGACAGAAACCUGCCAAGCUCAGUAUAUGAGAAAAGAACCACGGUAUCCCGGGGAAGCAAGCAUUUGUUUUUGAACCUGCCUGUAAAUGAAAGUCCUGAUAUUUCUCAGACAAGUAAUAAUCUUAAACUGGAAGAGAAAAGGCUGCAUUCACCCUCGUUAGUAGCAGUGAGUAAUGUUUUUAGUAAUUCAUAUCCGCUAUCUAAUACAUACAAACAAAUGUCACCUAUUCCUUCUCCGUUAUCUUCGAGACUGCCUAGCCCGCAGCUGCAUCAUCGGAUCCUCCCAUUACCAACACAGAACACCGAGGAUGAAUCUAUGUUCAGUGACUAUGGCAGUGGGAGGCAUGGUGCUAUAAACCUCUCUUUCAGUGAUUUGGAGCCACAGUUUUAUCUGAAGUUUUCUGAACCUGGAGAAUUGGGAUUUGCCACCAGACAACCAGGCCUACAUCAGAAUGCAACUGCAGGACAUUUUGAAAAGUGCGCUGUACAAGAAAAAUUAACUUCUCGGACACAGCAGAAUUUCUGUCCAGCAGAGUCUGCUUUAAAGGAUGACUUCACUGAGCGGCUGGAUGUGGCAAACAGAGAUGAAGAUACCUGGGGUUUGGAUUGCAGAUUGGGACGCUCAAACCCAUUUGCUCAUUCAAGUGAGAAGGAGAAGAUCAACAGAAAUGUGUUGCAUUUGAGCCUGGAACUGAAUCCUGACCUGAGUCCCUCAGAGCAAGAUGACAAGACUCCAGGGAGACUCCAGACUGUCUGGCCACCACCAAAAGCAAAGCACGAAGAAGUAAAAGUAGGAUUAAAGUACACAGAAGCAGCUCACCUAAAGCUUUACAAGGAGGGACCACGAGAGUACCAAGCUGCCAUUUUGCACUUAAAGAGGGAACACAAAGAAGAAAUUGAAACAUUAAAGUCUCAGUUUGAACUCAGGGUAUUCCAUAUUCGUGGGGAACAUGCUGUAUCAACUGCUCAGCUUGAGGAAACCAUUGCACAUCUGAAGAAUGAACUCGAUAAUAAAUUAAACAGAAUAAAUGAAAAAGCAAAGGAUAUUGGUGUUUCUACUGAAGAUGAUAACCCACCAAAGACAUACCGAAAUGUAUGUAUACAGACUGACAGAGAAACUUUCAUAAAGCCUAGUGAAGAAGAAAACAGAGCUGUGAAAAAUAACCAGAUAGUACCCAAAAAGCUUAAUAUUUCUUCUUUGUCACAUAGUAUUUCUGCCCAAAGUGAAAAUAAGGACAAUUACAACAUACAGUCUUCAGAAAGUGUCUUAUCUUGUCAACCAAAACAAAUGCUGCCGCCUCCACCACCACCGCCACCUCCUCCUCCCCUUCCUGAUUCUUCACUGCCAGGUUUAGUUCCUCCACCACCACCUUUGCCAGCGGGUCUGACUUCACUGACAUCUCAGUUUGGAUCUAGUCCACCACUGCCACCUCCACUUUUUGAAGGCUGUAGGAAUUUUCAAGCACCACCGCCACCACCACCACUUCCAGGGUCGGGACCUCCUGUUCCUCCUCCACUGCCUGGAUCUGGGUUACCUCCACCCCCUCCACCUCCAGGGCCUGGGUCCUUUUUUAAUAGCACUUUAUCGUCAAACCAAGGUCCUCGAAAACCUCCCAUUGAACCUAGCCGUCCCAUGAAGCCUUUGUAUUGGACACGGAUACAAUUGCAAGGUAGCAGGAAAACUGCUAUGCCAACAUUAUGGGAAUCACUAGAAGAACCUGAUAUACUUGAUACUACUGAAUUUGAAUAUUUAUUCUCCAAAGACACCACUCAGGAAAAAAGAAAACCAUUAUCAGAGACUUAUGAAAAAAAAACCAAGGCCAAAAAGAUUAUCAAAUUGUUGGAUGGAAAACGGUCUCAAACUGUAGGUAUUCUAAUAUCCAGUUUGCACCUGGAGAUGAAGGAUAUUCAACAAGCUAUACUUUGUGUUGAUGACUCCGUAGUAGAUCUGGAAACACUGGAAGCACUAUAUGAAAAUAGAGCACAAAAGGAUGAACUAGAGAAGAUAAAGCAAUACUAUCAGACUUCAAAAGAGGAGGAGCUGAAGCUUCUGGAUAAACCAGAACAAUUUUUAUAUGAGUUAUCUCAGAUCCCCAACUUCACAGAACGAGCUCAGUGUAUUAUCUUCCAGUCAGUUUUCUCUGAAGGGAUAACUUCAGUGCACCGGAAAGUUGAUAUCAUAACUCGUGUUUCCAAGGCUUUGCUGAACAUGACAAGUGUAAAGGAAAUUUUAGGUUUGAUUCUGGCUUUUGGAAAUUAUAUGAAUGGUGGGAACAGGACCCGAGGUCAAGCUGAUGGAUUUGGUUUGGAAAUACUCCCCAAACUAAAGGAUGUCAAAAGCAGAGAUAGUGGUAUUAAUCUUGUGGAUUAUGUCGUCAUAUAUUACCUACGCCAUUGUGAUAAGGAAGCAGGAACAGACAAGAGUAUUUUUCCUUUACCAGAACCACAGGAUUUUUUCCAGGCCUCCCAAGUUAAGUUUGAAGACCUAAUAAAAGACUUAAGGAAACUGAAGAGAGAUCUAGAAGCCUCUGAAAAGCAGAUGAAGUUAGUUUGCAGAGAGUCUUCUGAAGAGCAUCUCCAGCCCUUCAAGGAGAAAUUAGAGGAAUUCUUCCAUAAAGCUAAAGAAGAACGUAAAAAAGAAGAGAGCAGUUUGGAAAAUGCACAAAAAUGCUUUGAAGAAACAGUGGGAUACUUUGGGAUAAAGCCAAAGCCUGGCGAGAAGGAGAUCACACCAAACUACAUUUUCACGGUGUGGUACGAAUUCUGCAGUGACUUCAAGACCAUUUGGAAACGAGAGAGCAAAAGCAUUUCCAAGGAACGAAUUAAAGUGGCUCAGCAAUCAGUAAGCAAGUUAACUGCAGAGAAGAAAGUUGAAACGAAGAAAAUCAAUCCUACAGCUAGCCUGAAAGAAAGACUACGUCAGAAGGAAGCCAAUGUGACUGCCAACUGAAAGAAGAAAGAUGAAAAUGAUAGUGUGACUUCAUACCUUGCAUGAUGCUUUACUACACCCAUGGCCCAGGGAGCACCUUAUGUUAGAUACUGAAUUCUGCUUUGCUGAUCUGUUCCAAGACAAUCCACUAAAGACUUUUCAGUUCCUUCAGAGGGGUUUGUACAUUCAGUGGAGGGAAUUCUAAGAAGGUUUUUACAUGGGAAGUCAAAAUUAUUUUCUGUAACUCUUCCUUUAAGCAAUGUAAUUGCUUAAAAUGCAUCUGGUUGUUAAUGGUUAUUUAAAGUACUCUGUGGAUAAUGCACUAAUAUGGAAGAGCUAAAAUGAGCAUUUUGGAUGCUGAGUUAAGUAAUGACUAACAACCUGUAGGUUAUUUACAGGGCUUUGUGUAGAUGAGAGCAAAUAUGCCAUUCGGCUCACAAAAGACCAUUACAUCAUACUUUUUGUUACUUCAGCAGUAACUGAGGUAAAAUUGACUGAUUCUAAAUAAUUUUACAGUGUCUAAGUAUUGGAUGCAUCUUUCUAAAACUGAUUAAAUGUAACUAUAGAUUUAUGCUGUAUUUUACUAUAAAUAUUUUUAUAGAAGCUUCAGCUUAUGCCACACGUUGAAAUGGAAACAAUAUUUUGCACAUGAAAAGGAAUAGCUUCAAAUUCUUUAGUUUUAUGAUUGAUGGCAUAACUGAUUCCUUAUUUUUAUGGUUUUAACCUAACAUUUCCUAAAUUUUGAGCUUCAAAAGAAAAAUGAUUAAAAUGUAUAUUUUUAUUUCAGUAUAUAUUGAAAAUAUGAAUUCCAUAAAAUGAUGGUUUUAUUAAUCAUUAUUCAUUGAACUAAAAUACAACAAUAUGUCUCCAUGAAGUUACACAAUUGCCAUUAAAUCUCUGGCUUUUAAUUCCAUUGAAAGCUUUCUUUUAAACAGUGAAUAUCUCACUCUAAAAUAUAUUAAGCAGCCUGCUCUUGUCCCCUAUAUUUGUAUGAAGAAUGUAUCCAGCAUACGUAUAUGUUUAUAUACAUAUAUAUAAAAUUUAAUAAGUAAAACUUGAGGAAGAAAUAAAAGAGUCUCACUGUCCUCCUGUAACAUUUUAACCAUUGCCCGUAAAGUAGUAGAGCCCGAAAGAAACCCUAUAGAAUAUCCACUGUUACUUGAAGAUUUUUACUGCAUUUUAAGGAUUUGGAUUCUUAGAAGGAGAGAUCUUGAAGCAGAAGUUAAUUUAAGGUAAAACAGAAAAGUGAUUUUUAAAUACAAGUAGGUAACGGCCUGUAAAUAGGAACAACAAACGGAGAAAACAUGCUUCUGCUUGCUGUCCAUAAGAGAGAAAUCCCUUUCUUUAUGAUAAUGGUGUCUGAAGUUCGUUACGAAGAGAAAUUAGGUGAAGCAAAAAAGUACAAAAAGUUAAUAGGGGGAAGGUAUUAGUCCUUUGCUUAGAAGCUGGAAAGAAUAUCCAUGAGACAGACAUGGGUUAUCCAUACAGCAAAUUAGAUAAACUGUUAUGAAACCUAAGGCAAAGUCAUCCCUGGAAGUGUACACUUAUUAAGAAAAACAGCAAUUGUGGAGACCCCCAUUCAUGAAUUAACUUGAAGAUUUCAUAUUUUGCAGGUUUCUUCAAUGAGUAUCUCUCAUUCCUGCAUAAACAAAAACAGGGGAAUCAAGAUUCCCUUGUAUGCUUUGGAGUUUCUAGCUGCUGCAGAUAUACUCAAGAUGUGUAAGCAUAAUUCUUAUGAAAACAGUCAACAAUAUACCAGCAAAAAUAAUCUUAUUUGUAGUUUGCCUAUUCCCAUUGCAGAGAAAUAAAUUCCAAAGAUUGAAGUUUUCUGUCUUCCACCAAAUAGGUAAAGCACACUUGUUUCCAAUAUUAUUAGUGAUAAACAACCGGAGCAAUAAUGCUUAUAAAAGCCAAAGAACAACAGCAAGCAAGGCAAUUCAGAUGAGUGCUUAAGCAAAUAAGUGUUGAGUUUUGAUAUGGUUUUCUAUCUAUCAUGAAGGUAGUGUAUAUUGCCAUUUGACUUGAUAGGGAAUUUUUCAAUGAAAUGUUCUAAUUGAAAUAUUAAUCAAGAAGAGUAACACUGUUUGUGAAAAAGGAUUGGUCUUGAAAAUUCUCAUUAGAAAUAUAUUAUAGAAAAAAGUUUUUAAAUUAUUGAAAUAUCCUGUUUCAAAAUUUCUAAAUGUGAAGUUUCAUUUUUCAGUUCAAAUUUACUUUUCAUUUUGAAAUGUUGAAAAAUGUAUAUAAAAAGGGAUUAAAAUUAAAAUUAUUGAUAUAAAGCAUUCCUUGAUAAGAUUUAUAAUUCUGUUUUCAGAUUAUCAAUUUGCCAAAGUUUUGAGAAUUUAGGAUAUUUUUUCAGAAGAUUAGAAAACUUACAUAGCACAGAGACAUUGUUUCUUCCUCAUCUUCAAUUGUACUGAUUUUUCUCUAAAGACAGAGAUUCUGAUUCCAACUUAACCCAUGACUUAAAUCCUCUACUACUAGUUAAACUAUUUUUAAGUGAAAAAAAGAAUUGACCCAGACUAUUUGAUACAUUCUCUUAAUCAAGACUAAGACUCCUGGAUGGAAUUCAUCAGCUAAAUAUCACACUUACACCCCUAGUGAUACCCCAAAGUGUCUUCAGACAGUGAUUGAAGUGACAAUGGUACACCUGCUGACCUUAACUAAAAUGUUGUAUUGCAGAAGAGAUAUUAACAGAUAUUAUAUAUCUAUGUAAGCUGUUCAAUUAUGAAUUAUUUAGACACUACAGACAUAACAAGUGCAUCAACCACCAUUCAUCUUGGGGUCACCAAGUGUCACCAAAAGUUAUGUUUUAAGCUUGCACAUAGUUUGGUGCCUGACUUUACCCUGAGCUUUCUAGUUUGGGGGGAAUAAAAGAAGAGGAGAAAAGAAAGAAAAUAAAAAGGUGGACUGGAACAGAAGUCUCUGGUACAUGUCUACAUUGCUGUCAAGGAAGUAAAAGUAAAGAGUAGACUAAAUUAAGCCAAGUAGCAAUAGCUAGACAGUUACAAUUUUCUGGGCUAUGUAAUUUAAAAUACCUCUACACUACAUAGAAGUCACUUCUGUGACCAUAAAGUAGAUGUGGCUUAAGAGGGGUUUUUUUCUGUUCUUUGUUUUGUUUUCAACUCUUCUAUUAUUGCCAAGCUUCUCAAAGUCUGUAAAGCAAAGCACUAUUAAACCCCAUAUUACUCAGUAGGUGCUUAUUACCCAGGAAAAGUAUAUACAUUACUGAUUUGUAAAUUGAAUUAUUAGGAAGAAUUCAGUUUAGAUGAGUGAAUAUCAAUAAUUUGUGAAGUGCUCUUUACCUUAUUUACAACAUUACCACUUACUAAUUUUAAAAUGAAAGACCUUUUAGCAUCUUUGAGAUAUUUUGACAAUAUAAAUUAUAUUUUCAUUAUGUUUUUAUUAAUCUAUGAAAACUACCCAGGUGUUUUGCCAUGACUAACACAUGUAAAUGUUUUAUCAUGUGCUUUAUUAUAGGGUUGUGAAUGUGUAGAUUGAAUAUUAUACUUUUGUAUUUAACUUAGAAAUUUUUUGCAGCAAAACAGAAACUGUAUGAUCUUCAGUUUCUGUACAUAUAGAAAAUCAAAGUAGAAUGGAUGGAAUAUUCAGAAAGCAGAGAGAAAAAUAAUUGAACAUCUUAAGCAGUUCUAGGAAGGAUAAAGUUUACAUAGGGUUUUAACCUUUCUGAAUUGCUGAGGAUAUCUCCUCCAACCAGAUAUGAACAGCCAGGUUAUCUCUGACCAGUCUAGGUUUUUUCUACAUGAAACAUGAAUAAAAUAUUUUGUUUUCCAUAUGAUGUACAGGGUUCUUAUUGCCCUGAUUUUCCAGUAAAUUGUUAGCAAUUUCUUUCUUAGAUCUAAACAUCUUUCCUAGCUGAUGAUAUGGGGCAGUGGAAGACUGCGUAUUUACUUAUUUGUUAAUACUAUUUCUUCAUUGCUUUAGGUCAAUAUCUUAAAAAUGGAUGCCUUAAUCUUGUGUAGGUGUGGAAUUUCAGAAACACCCAAACAAGUUAGAAAUAUUCAUCUCAUUACAGCAUUGAUGUGUUUUUGAAAAUCCACCUCCAUAAGCUGUGUUUAGUCACCAGUCUAAGUUUAUAAUUUCAGAAAAUCAUAUCCACCUAGUUUUUGCUCAUUCUUGGCCUUGUCUCAAUCCUGUUUAAUAUUGUUACGGAUCUUGCUCUUUCUUUUUUUUCUUUUUCUUUCUUUUUUUUUUUUUUUUUAACACCUUUAGAAUUUAUUAGUGCCAGUUAGUGAAUUUCAGAAUUUGCAGUCUGGAGAGUUCUCUUUGGCACUCUUUUCAAGAUAAGCCUAUGUAUUUUCAUAUAAAUGUAAAGAAAAUAAAAAAGAAAGUUAAGAGGUAACUUGAUUGUAGUCAAUAAGUUGCUUCAAAGAGAGAAGAUACUAGGAACUAAACGGUUCCCUGAGGCAACAAGAAAAAAUAUAACAAAAACAGUAUAAAAAUUAAAACCAGAUUAAUUAAAAUCAGCAAUGAAUUCCAAACUAUUAGUAAUGAGACUAGUUAACCACUGGAAGAAGUUAGCAAAGAUAAUUGUAGUUUCUCCAUUUUCUGGUGCUUUCAAAUCCGGAUUGAACAUCUUUCUCAAAGGUUUGUGUAGUCUAAUACAGCUUAUUGGACUCAGUUCAGAUGUACCUAAGUGGCAUCCCAUAUCCAUUGACUCACUAGUCCAAAUAGUUCCUCUAGACAGAAGAAUAUAAGAAUAAGUAUGUCAAAAGACCUAAUAAAAUAUUUUUUUCUCAGCUAUAAUGAAAUAUUCUUAUCCAAGCUAGAAGAGCUCUUUGUUGUGAGUUAAAUUUAAAAUAUCACAAAGUGUGGUGUAGAACAAUAUAAUGCAGGAAACCAUUGUCAAAUUAUAAACAUUUGUAUUUCAAAUGAUUAAUUAAUAUCUAUCUGAUCCAUCUUGUGGUAUUUACAAGGUAGCAAAUUUAUAUGCUCUGGAAUUCAACGUUGGUUUAGAGAUUCCCAAGCUACGUCUGGGAAAACUGGCAUUUUGGAUUGUACAAUGUGAAAUCCCAGAAUCACAGAAACCCUAGUUCCUUAGUAUUUGUCAAAGGUUUGAGCAUAUGCAAGGGAGUUUACCUUGGGUACAGCUAAUGUGAUGCAAAAUUUAAAUAACGGUCUCUCGUUUUAGUGAAUUAUUAGAUAUGACCUGUUAAUAUCAUUACCAAACACUUCCACUGCUCAAUAGGGUUUGAACCAUAACAAUUCUAUGCAAUUGUUUUAGAGAUCUAAAGUUCAAAAGUUGUGCAAGCAAAAAGACUUGGUUUUGCAAGUUUUUUUCAAAAUGCCUACAAGAACUUUUCUUUCUUGAUUUUUUUUAACAUUGUCUUCAAUUCAGUAAAUAUUCUUAGAAACAUUACUAAAAUGGAUGUUAGGUUUUUUCUACUUGUUGAAAAUGUGGUACACCUAAACUGUAAUAUUUUCAGUAAAUUUGGCAAGCUUCAACUGGCUUUAAAUGAUUUUGAUUUGAUACCUCAUAGAAUUCAAGAUUUUAAAUUAGGGCCUCUUUGUAAAACAUAAGCACUGGGUAUAAGAGAACAUUUGUUUUAAGAAGCAAUGAAUUAAAAAUGCUGAACUGAUAACUUAGACUCAGAAUGCACCACCUUCCUGGGAGGACAUUAUCAAGUAGCAUAAGCUUUCCUAUAAUGCAGAACAGCAUUGCAUUUCCUGUGAUUUGUUUCUGCCAGAUGUCAUCUUAGAGUAAACUGAAGGCAGCAAUUUUUUUUUUUUCAUUAGAUAUUUCUGGUUAAUUUCAUUUCAUACUUUGUCACCUCAAUUUCAUCUUCAACAAUCUAAUAUUGAGGUAAUACGAAGCCUUUUUAUAGAGGCUGAUAGUGCUUCUAUAUGCAAGUAGUUUUAUUUAUGCAACUAUUCCUGUGGCCCACACAGUAAAAAAUAUCUAUAGAGGACAUUAUGGGGUCAUGGGACUGAAUAAAAUCUCUUUUAGAAUCAUGUUAUGAAAAUUACCUUGAACUAUCCUAGUAUGGGACAUGGUUUUCUUUUCUGUGGUAGGAUCUGCCUCAAAAAGUUUUGGAGCUCUGGGAGCUUUUGGAGGAUAGAGGAUGAGGCUGUUGGCAUGGCACCUUUCCUUUAGCCAUCAAUUCCUAAAAGUAGGGCUUCUCUGGAGUUACAUUGCAGCUGAAUUCCCUGAGCGAAGAUUGCCCCAGGGACUCCUGGAAGGGAGACUGGAAAAUACUGUCAACAGCCAUACAUUUUCAAAAGGGAAAGACAUCAUAGUUGUAUUUCCAGACUAAAGUAAAAGCUAGCGGACUCUUCCAAAAUAGCAGAAAUUUUGUAUAGUUGUAUGUAUCCUUUAAUUAGGUUCUAUAGAUUUCAGAAAUUCUGCAUUCAUAUAUGAACUUCAUUCUGUGCCUGUGUUCUUGUAUUUAUUGCUCAUAUGAUCAUUUAAUAUGAACAUAAUCACUUAUAUAUUCUUAGUCUUUUAUUGUGCUGUGACCACUAAAAUGUAGACUACAAAAACUGUUGAAAGAGAGAUCCAUUACAGAGUCCUGACAGGCAGUUGUAUUUCAGGUUUCCCAGUGUUGUCCUGCUGGGAACCUUCAUAUUUUCCUAGAGGUAGGAAGAGUUUAGCUGCCAUGCCAUCUGAAUUCUCAGCCUUUCCUAGUCAUAAACUAGUACUUGUAGCUUAGGGCCAAAUGAUGGGGCCAAAUUCUAUCAUCACUGAUAAGUAUUGUCUUUGCUGCAAUUAGAAGUUAACUGGGGCACAAAAUAAUCCUAAAGAUGGCAGGUGGGGUGUUUUUGUGAUACCCAUUAAACUGUAAUGUAUUUGAUAAGCUCAAAGUCCUAAAGAGUACUGACAGUCUAAGAUUCAUGUGCUAUAUUGACUCUGACUCACAGCAUCCUUAUAGGUUAAGCUCAAGUGACUUUAGAAAGAGGAGCUGUAAUAUCUGUUCACUAGUUGAUAGUGUUUCUUUAAUCAUUUUUUUUGAAUCCUCAGCAAGAUGAUUUCUGUCCAUCUGCGAAUUAGAAAACUUGAAAUGGUACAUUUUCUCUACGACUUCUCCCAGAGGGACCAAGCUUGUAGUUCAGUAUUUUUGCUUUCUCAUUUGGCAUGCUGUAAAUACCUUCCAUUGUAGUUGGACAGAUGCUCAUCCUGAGCAACUAUCCACAGACAAUAGGUUACAGAAACUGCAGAAACUGUGUAGAGUUCAAAGAAUAUAGCACUAUUUCCUACUGCUUGGAGCAUCACUAGUCAGCAAAUGAACAUAUAUAUUGUGCAGCACCUGAUGCUUUUUUCUUAGUUGUAAAGUAGUUUAAGGAAUGUAUUGCUAUUAGCAGCUAAUCACUAUAAACUGGAUAAAAGCCAUGUUCUUCUUCUAAUAUUUUUUUUCUCUUUAUUAGAAUGAGUUUUUGUGGUGUGGGUAUCUUCUAGAUUUUAGCGGGAAAGAUACCAUUUUGUAAUGAAUCAAAAUGGAACAAGGUCACAGUUCUAUUCUAGACUUCUUUCAUAUCUGACAGGAAGGUGAAGGAAUAAAACUGAUUUCUUUUCAUUCCACAUAAAAACAGGAUUUUUUUUCUGAUCCCUCUUCAUUCAGUUGUUCAUUUUGUGUUACAGUCCUAUGUUUUUUAGAAGGGCUGUAAAGAAAUUAGAAGGUUCAGCUAUGAAUCUCAUUCCUUAAAGAUUCCCUGUAAUGUUCAAAUUCAGCAAGCUGGGAUCGGGAACUCCUGCCCUAUCACCAUUUUCUUCAGUGAUUCAUAUAAUUCCGCACUCUCCUUCUUUUAUUAAAAGUAAAGCCAUAUAGUUACCAAACUGGUUGCUAAAGGUCCAAGAAAAACUGAACUAUUGGGUGAAGAGAGGUCAAUUAACUUCCAAACCACAAUGAAGACUUACACGUCUUUACUGCGCAUGAGCUGAACCUUUCUAAUUCACCUAAGUUGAAUGCAACUCAGUUCCAAAGAGACAGACAAUGAAUACAGUGUUUUCAUGCAUUUCUGCUACUUAUUUUACAUCAAGAAAGCCUGUCUCUCUGAGUAGGAGGCACAACUUGUGCAUUUAGUUAUGUAAUCAACUUCUGCUUGAUUCCAGACCAGAAGUAUGUGUGAUAUGGGAGAUAUAUCUGAGUGUUUUGGCAUUACGUUUUAUACUUAUUUUCCAUCACUUAUCUAGGGGCCAAGUAGAGACCCAGUAACAUACCUAAAAUGAAAAUGUUGGUUGAAAAUGCCAUUGAAACAAUAUAAAGCUCACUAUUUCAUUCUAGUGGAUAUUGAUUUGAAGAAAUCCAUCCUCACGUAGUUUCCUAUUGAAGUGUUUGGGUUUGUUUGUUUGUUUUAAUUAAAAGUUGAUAUUAUAUCAGAUAAUCAAGCUGGCUUGUCUGGGACAAGCUUCUAUGGGGGCUUGAGUGCUAGUCAAGUAAAAUAAUCUGUGUGCAUGCUCAACAAGUCCACUUGUAACUACUGUAGUCUGAACAGCACCGUUUCAUCUGCAUAUAGCUCAGAAAAGGGAGAGACUUGAGAGGGAAAUUUAACAGAUUUUCUGGUGUCAAGUUCAGAAAAAGCUAUGUCAAAUGAUAAGCAUUCUUGUCAUAUUGCACUGGUUUUGAAACAUCAGUGAUAUCUGUUGCAAAGAGAGAGAAGACUCAUGCUCCAUGUCAGAUGGGAUUGGAUAAGGACUUCUUACGGAGAGUUGGUAAAAGUACUAUUUCUUGUAGGAGCUCUCAGCAAAGCUGUGAAUUCCCAGCUGAUGACUGGCAGGAGAAACAGAAUUAUUUUUGUAGGUUUUUGAAAAUACGUAUUUAUUAUAAUGACACUUUAUUUUGAGGGGUAUAUCAGCCUCAAGAAGAAAAGCUGCCCCUGUCAUUGUACUCAGCUAUUACUCUGUACAAGCUAAAAGCUUUGCCAUAUUCAGAAGUUAUAGGAAGCAAAAAUGGAGAAAUAUUAUUCUGGGAAGAAUCAAAGUUGACCUCUGGAAAGUAUUUCUAGUAGGAUUAUAGUAUGAUUUUAAACUUUCAUUUAGUUAUUUUGAAUAUUUUUUUUGUUUUCCUUUCCAAUCAUUUUGAGUUGAAUAGUUGCACUGUUGAACAUUAUUGUUAUUGGUACUCUCCCCUCUCUUUUCUUCAUAUGACUCAAAGCCAUCAAAAUACAGGCCUCUUUGGCUGGUUAACUUCUCUUUGAAAAUGUAGCAAAAUGACAAAUUCUCUCGCAAUGCUAUUAAUAUUCUCUGUAUACCUAGCAAGUUUCACAGACAUAACAGGGUUUAAGUCUCUCAUAUCUGUACGGGAUUUGCUUUAAUAAAAUCGUAAUUUUGCUUGAAUGUUCACCCAUACAUUCAGCAGUUAAAUAUUUGCUGUCAUCUGAGCUCAACUUUGCAUUUUUCAUCCCACAAAAUGUACAGCAAAAGUAAUGGAAUAUUAGUAUGGUUUAGGUUUUUUGUUUUUCAGGAAUCAAGCUCCUUUUAGUUCUUGACUAAAUAUGUUACAAAUGUCUUAAAAGAAUAAGCUAAAUAGAUUCAGGUGCUUUUUUUCCCCCCUUCUCAUUGUAAUUAUAUACGUGUGUGUGUGUGUUUCUACUAUGUAUCUGAAAGUUUUUCUCAAAAAAACAAGAUGUGCACAUGAUUAACUUUGUAAAAGUUGUUGUAGUGGAAUGGAGUAUUUAUUUUUAAACUAAAUUCUUAAGGAGCCAUUGACUGUAAAUAAAAGACUAUAUUUUCCUCCUCA